UUUGUUGUUGUUGUUGCUGUUGCUGUGCUCAACGGGCCGUGGGCCGCCCAUUGGCCGCGCCAAAAGCGAUUAGAUUGUAAAAGCGCUCGCUGCGCUCACCGCUUGCCGCUCAGCACGCUGAGAGCUCUGAGCUGCGCCUCAGUUAGACAAGACACAUUCAGACAGUCAGUCAGUUAGUCAGUCGUACGCGAAAUUUUCACAUCAACGCAACGCUGGCAAAAGCUCUCGAACGCGCGCGCCCAACUGACCCCGCCCGACCCCCCUAGAAAAUCAAAUAUUAAUUUAAACAAAAAAUACCCGGGUGAUAUCAUUUAACCAGGGGGUAAACGGAUCCUCAAUGUCACAUCAAUUGAAGCUGGCAAGCUAAAAAAAAGAAGUUAAUAAUACUUUUAAGACGCGAGUUAUCCAAAUUUCUUGAUUUUUUUUAAAAUAUUUUUUGUUGUGUGUUUCGAAAUAAAAUCGAUUGAAAAUCGUUGAUGCGUUCGCUCCAAUUCCCGUGACACUUUAACCUCCUCCCCCUCCAACACUUGCCGUAAAGUGAUUGAUUGAGUGCGAGAGAGAGAGAGAGAGAGCGAGUGCGAGUGAGAUAGAUAGUGCACACAUGAUGCGCGUUUUGAAUACGGAGCUGCGAUUGCGCUUUAAGAAUCGCAAACCGCGUCCAUUCAAUCGAGCAGCGAGCGCAGAUGAUGCAGCGACUGCGACGCCGGCAGCAGAUGAGCUGCGGCUCAAUGGAACUCUCAGCAUGCACGGCAGCAUCAGUUCUCCAUCCACGCCCAGCAAUUGCUCCGGGGGCGGUGUUGUCGGUGGUUGCAGCAGCAGCAGCAACAACAGCAUUAAUAGCGCCACCUACACAGGACACUCGGCCAGUGCAGCAUCAACGCCGCCACCGCCGCAGCAGCAGCAGCAGCAGUAUACAACAACAACAACAACAACAACGCCGGCGGCGCAUAGAGGGGGAGGUGGGUCGGGUGUACCGCCAGCACCACCAAGUGCCGGCUCAUCGGGGCAUAAGAAUAGUCUGAAGGGAACGAAAUUGGCGCGUCGGGCGCGUUCGUUUAAGGACGAUCUAAUUGAGAAGAUCUCACUGAUGCGCACCACAAACAACACACUGGGUCGCUCCCAUUCGCCGCAUAGUCCGCGCAAUAAGCAUGCUUCAAAGCCACCGCCCACCACCGAGGAAGUGCAACGUUCCACACAAACACUGGAGACGCAUGUCAAGGAUAUUUCAAAUGCAUUGAAACACUUCCGUGAUGUUAUACUCAAAAAGAAGCUGGAGGUUCUGCCUGGCAAUGGUACCGUCAUACUGGAGACCAUUGCCAGCAUGUAUUCCGUCAUUCAGUCUUAUACACUGAACGAAAAUAGUGCCAUCAUGAGCUCGGCCACACAACAGGUGUACCAAUCCCUGGGCAAACUCAUCAAACUCUGCGACGAGGUCAUGCUCAGCGAGAAGAGCGGCGAAUGCGCCUCACUCAGCAACGAGAAUGUGCGCGAGGUCAUCGAUCUGCUCGAGGAUGCAGUGCGCAAUCUUGUCACACUGGCGCAGGGUAAGCUCAAGGAGCAGGAUCAGUGCACUUUCCGCUAUAGCGGCGCCGGCUUGGGCGGCAUUGGAGCCGCCGCUGACAUAAUGGGCGCCGUUGCUGUUGCCACCGCCGCGGGCAACGCUGGCGGCAUGCGAGCGCCAUUGGAUGCUGCAGCGGCGGCGGUGGCGCAACGUACAUCGCUGCCCGAUAUUGCCCUGACGCCCAAGGAGCGUGACAUUCUCGAGCAGAGCAAUGUGAAUCCCAUGCGUGGCUCCCACAGCACGGAGAGCAUAUUGCGUGACACGAGCCCGCCGCCAAAGCCGCCGUUGCCCAAUCGGGCAAGCAAUCCGCCACCGUUGCCGCCAAAGCGUCGCAGUCAGCCGCAGUCGCAGCUAAUGAGUGCCACAAGCGGUGCAUCGUCCGGCAACAACAAUAGCAACACCACCAACCACUCGUCGCAGGCGAACAGCCCGUUGCCGUAUGCUCAGUCGCACAACAUCAGCAUCAACUCGGAUCUGGAUUGCAGUUCGAAUUUCUCGCUGAUUAACUAUUGCGUAGAUCGUCUUUCGGUUCGCUCACGUUCGCCGGACGAGAACAGUCAAUGCUCAUUCGAUUCGGCGCUAAAUCACUCGCGCGAGGAGGAGGAACAAUUACCGAAGCCGCCAACGAGACAAUUACACCAUCAGCAGCAUUUGGACGACGAUAUGGACAAGAUGAUCAGCUACACAGAAACGCAGGCUGAGGCAGUCGCUGCAUCUGCUGUCGCUGCCACACAGGAGGCAGCCACGUCCAGCGCAAAUGCAACGCAGCCUCUGCUGGCUACGGGCAUUGGUCUUGGCCUUGGCCUUGGCCCAACCUCUGUCUCUGGCUCUGGCUCCGGCUCUGAGGCCAAUACGGAACUGCGCAAAGCGGCCGCAGCAUUAACCAGCAAUCGUCAUUCAAAUGAAUCGGGUUUCGUAUCGAUGAUGUCCUUUCGUACCUCGACGCAGAGCGUUUCGAAACGAUCCUCGGAGCACAGCGUGCAAUCGUCCACAAAAUCGUCGAGCAGCAAUUCAGAGAUUGCCUUCGGCAUCAGCGAGACGACAACGACGAGUCGAAGCAACAGCAGCAGCGAGUAUCAGCAAAUAAGCCAAACACAAUCCUCCACACAGCGUCACAUCACCAGCAACAGCAACAGCAGCAAUGGCAGCACCAGCAGCAGCAGCACAACAGCAAUUGCCACUGCAACAGCAACAACAACUGCAACUGCAACUGCAACAACAACGGGCAUUAGCAGCGAACAAUUGACGUCGGCAUCGACAUCGACAUCGAUGACAACCGCUUUACAACAAACGCUUGGCAGCAAUUGCUCAUCGCCGGAAUUGGCUCCGGCGUUGCCACCAAAGACACAACAACGUUUAACGGCAACGUCGCACUUUGAUGCAUUGGAUGAACCAGAUGAUAGCAAUUUUGAGCUGCCGGAGCUGCGUCAAUUGUCGCCGCAUCAUCACCAGCUUCACUCGUCGUCGACGCAGCUGCAUCAGUGGCAUGCCAAGCAUCACAGUCUCAUAGAGCCGCCGCGGAGCGCCCAAUUGCCGAGCAGUUGCAGCAGCGCCUUCGAUCGGCAUUUGGACAAACCGCCGCCGUUGCCCAUCAAGAAGAAGCACAUCUUGGCCUACAUGGAGAUCUGUUCGGCCAACUCGCACUCCGUUGAGCAGCAUCGUCAUACGAUGCACACCUACAACAUCAGUCGGAACAUAUCACACAGUCAAACCAUGAACAUCAUGCCGGUUAGCAAAGAUCUGUCGCCGGAGCUGGAGACGCCACCAGCGCUGCCGCCGAAGAACUACAAGCAGCGCAAACCUUCGACAACGACGUCCACGUCGACGUCGACGACGGUGCCGACAGCGGUCAUCACCACACCGCCGGCGAGUCCGAAACCAACGCUCGGUGAUCCAUUGCAGAGGGACAGUCGGAUGACGACGGUCAGCGAGGAGCUCAACGAUGUGCAGGGAGCGACAGAUGAGUCUGGAGCAUUGGCAUUGGCAAUGGCUGUGGUGGACAGCAAUGAGAAUGUGAGCACUGCGGGCGGACAUACGUUCUAUUGCCACUCGCAUCAGUUGCCCAGCGAGACGUUGGCGGUUGGCUCUGGUUCCGGUUCCGGUUGCGGUGCCGAGCGUGCGGCCACGCCCAUUAGUACACCCAAAGUGUUGGACGAUGAGGAGAUUAAGCAACCCAUAGCAAGCGAACUGGAGCUCGAGGAAGAGGAGAUGAUGGAAGAGGAAGAGGAGGAGGAGGAAGAUGUCGAUAAUCAAUUGCCAAAUAUGCUUGAGGAGAUCGAUAUUACGCCAUACCUAAUACUCAAGAAGAAGGACGAGGAUGGGCCGGAAGUAAAAGGCGGUUACAUUGAUGCGCUGAUCGUGCACGCCAGUCGCGUCCAGAAGGUCGCUGAUAAUGGUAGGCAUCGUCAUAAUCACAAGCAUUCCAAUCACAAACAUAAUCACAAUCAUAAUCAUAAUCAUAAUCAUAGUUCACUCACAUUGCCCAGAGUUCAUAAGCGUAAGCUAAACCCAAAAUCAUCUGUUGUUGUUCAUUUCGUUCGUGCAGCAUUCAGCGAGGCCUUCAUCACCACCUUUCGCACCUUCAUUCAGCCGAUCGAUGUGAUCGAGAAGCUGACCCAUCGAUAUACAUACUUCUUCUGCCAGGUGCACGAUCAGAAGCAGAAGGCUGCCAAGGAGACCUUCUCGCUCCUGGUGCGCGUUGUCAACGAUCUGACCUCAACAGAUCUGACAAGUCAACUGCUCAGUUUGUUAGUGGAGUUUGUCUAUCAGCUGGUCUGUUCCGGCCAGCUGUAUUUGGCCAAAUUGUUGCGCAACAAAUUUGUGGAGAAGGUGACACUCUACAAGGAUCAAAGGAGUUAUGCCUUUGUGCUGGAUCGCGAUCAGAUUGGCGGCGGUGGCGGCGGCGGCAGCGCCAAUAGCAAUCAGCUCAGUUUGUUGGACUUAAAGUCAUUGGAGAUAGCCGAGCAGAUGACGCUGUUGGAUGCGGAGCUGUUUCAGAAAAUCGAGAUACCCGAAGUAUUAUUAUUUGCCAAAGAUCAGUGCGAGGAGAAAUCCCCCAAUCUCAACAAGUUCACCGAGCACUUUAACAAAAUGUCCUACUGGGCACGCUCCAAAAUAUUGCGGCUACAGGAUGCCAAGGAGCGUGAAAAGCAUGUCAACAAAUUUAUUAAAAUCAUGAAACACUUACGCAAAAUGAACAAUUAUAAUUCGUAUUUGGCGCUGCUUUCAGCGCUGGAUUCGGGCCCCAUACGCAGAUUGGAAUGGCAAAAGGGUAUUGCGGAAGAGGUGCGUUCAUUUUGUGCGCUUAUCGAUUCGAGUUCCAGUUUUCGUGCCUAUCGUCAGGCGUUGGCCGAAACGAAUCCGCCCUGUAUACCCUACAUCGGUCUGGUUUUACAGGAUUUGACCUUUGUGCAUGUGGGCAAUCAGGACUAUAUGUCCAAGGGCGUCAUUAACUUCUCCAAACGCUGGCAACAAUACAACAUUAUUGUCAAUAUGAAACGUUUCAAGAAGUGCGCCUAUCCAUUUCGACGCAAUGAGCGUAUUAUUGGCUUCUUUGAUAACUUCAAGGACUUUAUGGGCGAGGAGGAGAUGUGGCAGAUAUCGGAGCGUAUAAAGCCACGAGGACGACGCCAGGUCAACAACUAUUAGUCAUCUUCAUGCAGCAACAAAAACACCAACUACAUUUAUAGUGCAAUGGUUAUAUACUAAAUUAAACAAUACACAGCCACACACAUGUAUGUAUGUGUAUGUGUGUGUGUGUGUGUGUGUUUGUUUGUGUGUGUAUAACUUACUUAGCAACUACAAUACACUGUAACUAUUCUAACUGGGUCUGAGUAAUAAUAUCGUUCACUACUCCUUCUACAUAUAUCUAAAAUAUUUAUAUAUAUAUACGUAUAUAUCGAAAAUAUGUACAGCUAAAGAAUGCGGUUGCAUAAAGCGUAUGUGCAUGCACAUAUUAAUGUACCUAAAUACCAUAUAAUAACAAAAUAAAAUAUACGAGAGAUCUGUAGUUGAAAAAUAUAAAAAAUAUAUUACAAUCAGAAAAAAAGAGCUAUUAAAAUAUAUAUACACACAUAUAUUCAACAUGCAUGUAUAUUGUAUAUGUAUUUGUAACAAAACCUAUAUAUACCCAAUCGGAUAACGUAGUUACCGUUAUGAUAUCGGCCAGCACGCGAAUUUCUAUUUGUUUUUAUAUAUAUUGUAUGUUUUCCAAUUUUCAUUUCAAAAAGCAAAUAUCCUCUUCACUGUAUUAACAACGAAUUUUUCUCAACUAUGUUAACAAAAUAUAACGUGUUUGUAGAAGCCAAAAAAAAAAAUAAUUGAAAUAAGAACAAAAAAAAAAGAGUUGUAUGUGUUUUAAAUAAGCGACAAACUUCUAACGGUAACUAUCAUCUAAAGACACCAAAUCGAAACGCACACACAACAAUAUAUAAGUAUAUGUAUACAUAUGUAUACGUACUACGAUUACACUGGUCAACAAAAUCACUUUCUUAUACUUCUUUCUUGUGCAUACGGUUGGCUAUCAACUAAGUAACGAUUCUAAAGAAAAGUCAAAACUUAAAUACGAAAACAAAAACAAAAACCUUUAAUUCAAACCGCUAAUUUACCUCCACCUCGCAUUCGUUUAAUGGACUUGGUCUCUAAACAACUGCAGCGGACUGUAUGCACAAUACACUGAUUAGCACUAGUUAACAUUUUGAAAUAAAACGAAGUUAAAUCCAACAACAAAGCCAAGACAUAAGCCAAUCAAUCGAAUCAAACAAAAAAAAAAAAAAAAAUUCUGUUAAUUUACAAAAAAAAAAAAAAAAUUAAAAAACAAUAAAAACCUUCAUACUCACUCUCAAUUAAACGAAUCAACUUUAAAAGUUAUAAAAAGAAUUAUAAAUAAAAUGAUUGCUUUUAUGCGUAUAGCCAACUAAAUAUUUAUAUAAUGUAUACAGAAUUCCGUUUAAAAGAAAAUACUUUACAAAAGAGAAAAAAAGAAGAAAAAUAAAACAAAGAAAAGCGAGAAAAAAAAUGAAAAACCUAUGAAGAUCUAUACAAAGUGUAUGUACAUUAGUUAAGUAAAGCGAAGAACCUUGAUAAACUUUAUAUGUACGACGAUAUAUAUAUAUAUCUAUAUCUAUAUACACCACAGAUUAUACAAAUAACAAACUGCAUUUUACACAAACACACACACAGAACAACACAAACACGCACAUAGAAACAAGACUGUCUUUAGGAUAUAUGUAGUAGUAUUUCAUAUAUCUAAUCAAAGCUACAUAUACAUAAACAUAUACAUAUAUACGAUUAUUGUAUGUACUGCUUAUAGAAAUUGUUAUAAACGAGAAACUUUAGCAAAGUUGCAUGCACACACACACACACACACACACACAUACACACACGCACUCAAACACACACAAACCGAUCCACUGCAUACAUAUAUAUAUAUAUAUAUAUAACCCUAUAUAUACUAUAUAUACAUAAUGCAUACCUAUGUACACAUUGAAAUUGAAUCAAAAUUUAAACCUACCUAAACUAAUUAACUAACCUACCAAAACUUACCUAUGUACAUAUGCAUAUGUAUGUAUGUAUGUGGGGCAUGUAAUGCUAUAUAUAAUUAUAUAGAUAUAUAUAUAUACUGAAUAUGAUAUAUGCGUGCCGCGCAUCGUGUAUCUGAUAUCUCUGAUUUAGUCAUUGCUUUGUAUGUGCCUAUUAUCGAUUUUUGAUGUAUAUUUCGGGACAUCAGUUACCAGUUUUAAAAAAUAAUAUCCACAUUUUUUUUAUUAUGUAUGUAUGUAAUGUAAUGUAACUUAAUGUAAUCUAUUUGUAAAGCCUACAACAACAACAAGAACCGCAAACAACUUUAAAGAUAUUAAAAACAACAAACAAGAAAAACAAACCGAAAAACUAAUGUUUAAGUAAGCUUAAUUUAAUAACAGUCUUUCAAUAUGUUUUUGUUUUUUUAUUGGUUUUUUUUUUAUAUCUUAAUUUUCUGUAUAUGUAUUUGUACAUGUAUUGUAUGUUUAGCUUAACUAAUUAGUUCUUAUAUCGUAACGUAUUCGUACUUUCGUUUCCCCAAGUAGAGCAAUUUUCAAUUGUAAAUGUAUCUGUAACUAAAUGUUAUACAUUUAUUCAUAAGAAAAAUAGCUACAAAAUAAAUGUAUUUUUCCUUUAAGAAAA